AGCAAAAACAGUAGUUUGUGCAAACAGCAAUUCUCCAAAACCAGUUCACAUUCAACUCGUAAUCAUAUCUCCUUCAAACCAAUGCUACACUUUUUAAAAACUCUCAAACAUCACUAAGCAAGCAACUCAAGAAAAAGUGGGGUGGCCAACACCUCCAUAGCUCCAUCUCAUCUUUCUGUUCCAAAACUUAUUCAUUAAUCACUGUGUAUUAAUUCUCUUGUCAUGAUGUCUCUUCAUAUAAACAACCACCUCACCAUGGAAAACCCUCCCAGAUUCAAAUUCACACCCAACUUCUUCAUAAUCAUUUCCCUCUCCCUUGGCUUAUUUUCCUUUAUCUUUUGUGUAGCAGCAGAGAUAAAGAGGAAUAAGGAGGAUGAUCUCAGGUGGACGGGGAAGCUAUGUUCUUUGCCAUCAAGCAAGGCCUUUGGGUUGGGAAUUGCAGCUUUGGUUACUUUCUUUCUCGCCCAGGUCAUCGCGAAUUCUAUAUUAUUGAAAUAUUGUUGUUGGAGAAGAAAACGAGAAUCCCAACACAAGAUGCCAGUUUUUGCAAAGGUUCUGGUUUUCAUAUCUUGGGUGAGCUUUGGAUUUGCAGGUAUUUUAUUGAUUACAGCCACAAGCAUGAACAGAAGGCAGGCAUAUAGAGUAGGAUGGUUGAAUGGUGAGUGCUACGUCGUGAAAGGAGGUACUUAUGCCGGCUCAGCCAUGUUGGUCCUAUUUGCAGUGUGUUCUAUGAAUGGUUCCGCUUUCUCUACUUUUAAAUCUAGCCAAUCAAAUCAGUCUACAGAAGUACAUAAACCAAUGGGGUGAAGAAGAAAGAAGCAUAUUUUUUUAGUGAUGUGAAAAAGAAAAGGAGAAAUUAUGAAGUCCACUAGAGAGCAGAAUUGAAAGGUCAAAAUGUAAAAAAAAAAAAAAAAUAAAUAAAUUAAGAAGAGGAUUGGAAAGGAAUCCGAUUCUUUGAUUUGUUAUUAAUUAAUGGAUGUUAAUUAUGUAAAAGAUGAUACCAUAGCUGGUCCACUAACUGGCUUAUCCAAUACAAAGGAAUCAUUUUUCUUCUUCAAUUUACGCCAAACA